AUGUCAUUGGAAAAUGAGUUCACAGGAUCCUCCUUUGAGAAUGAGUUUGAAAAUACUACUGCCCAACCAGAAUUAUCAAAUAAAGGAUCGAGAUUGAUUGGUGCUAGUACCGCAGGUAUAAGAGCUCUAAUGUAUCAAUUAACCACUAUAUACUUAAGAACCCCUCCAGCAAAGCUUUUCAGACCAACUAGAAUUGACUAUAUGGCAAUUACAAGACUAUUUGUUCAUGGUUCAAUGAAACAGACUACAAAAAGACCAUACAAUUUCUACAAAGAUUCAUCAAUUGGAGUGCUAACAUCUGCCAUAAAGAAAUUUGGUUGGAGAUUCAUACCUGAUACUGUCCUACCACCAUUAGUUGCAAAUAGUGCCACUGGUGUAGUGUUAUAUACAUCGUAUCUGAUGAGCUUACAGUAUUACAAUGGAGAUAAAAAGAAUUUUUUGGAAGAUCCAUUACCCAUUGAUACUUUUAGAGCAGGUUUUGUUGCAGGUACUUUCCAAUCAAUUGCAGCUGCUCCUAUUGAUGCAAUUUAUGCGAGAUCAUCUGCUAAUGAAUUAUUAAAGGGUCAACAUGAAAAUUUAUGGAAAUUUGGAUGGAAGAAAUUAAGAGAAGUUGGGGUAUCUGGUGUUUUCGCUGGUUAUUCUUUAAGUUUUUUGAAAGAAAGUACAGGGUUUGCAGUUUAUUUUUGUUUAUUCGAAACUAUAAAAAACCAAGGAUUUAGAUUUGCAAGAGAUUCAUUGAUAAAUUUUAGAUAUUAUAAAGAAAAAGUUAUGAGUCCCUUUAAUUUCACAAUGACUAAAGAAGAGUAUAUUAAACAAUGUGAAAAUGAGAAAAAAUUCAAAUUCCUAAAGACAUCAUUCGUAUUUUUAGCUGGUAUGACUGCCUCAUUCUCUUUACAAAUGAUUCAAUAUCCAUUAACCAAGAUACAGAGCAUACAUCUUUCUAGAUUAGAAGCAUUUGAUAUAUAUGGCUCAGCAUUGCCAAAUGGUGGGAAACCACAAAGCAGAUCAAGGAUGUUGACAAUUUACUAUAACACAUACCUGGAUACUUUGGAGCAUGUAUUGUUUAUUCAAUCAAAUUCAAAGCUAAGUUGGUAUGAUUGGCUUUAUAGAGGAUUUAGAAGACAUGCACUUACAACAAUACCCGCAACUACAAUAGGUCUAGUGGUGUUGGAAAGUUUAAGAUCAAAAUUAGCAGUUGAAAUUGAACCAUUGGCUCCUAGUUGA